AUGCCCGUUCCGCAGACGUACCGCGCGUACCAGUACGACCACUACGGCCCGCAGGCGCAGGAGCUCAAGCUUCGCCUGUCCGUGAAGCGCCCGGAGCUCGGGCCCAAGCAAGUGGCAGGCGAGGCCUUCACGGGCAAAGUGCUGACCCCCGAGCAGCCCUUCGGCAUCGGCUUUGACGCGGCCGGCACGGUGGUCGAGGUCGGCAGCGAGGCCAAGCGCCUGAAAGUGGGCGACCAGGUGUACGCCAUGACGUGUGAACGACUGCUAGCACGGCGACUCCUGGCAAGGAUCGCCAUGCGUCCGUUGUAGAUCCUGCGUCCGUUGUGGAUUCAAGUCUGAAACUACUCCACACAGCCCCCGAAGACUUGAUUAUGCUCUGUUGUAGUCUUGCAACGCUGAGUAAUUGUAGCAUAGCGUCCGCUCCGCGGUGUGCUCGUACGCCACAGUGAGCAAUAAUCAUCACACGCGUAACGAGACCCUCAUCACUGGAUGGCAGCCAUAUUUUACCGCCUGCAGUCCAAAUACCAUUCCCGUCCUGCUCAAAUCCUGGACCUGGAUUAUCUGCGGCGGUCUGCGACUUCUUGAUCGACUCCAAUGUUGGCCCACUCGAACUGCUCGUCCUGCAGUGGUCGCAGCCUCGAAAGUGUCGUCCCAUUACCCACCCGUGCUGCCUUCACCUGAACGAUUCCGCGCUG